GUCACUUUCCUAUAUAUACUCUCAACUCAAGUUAGCCAGAAAUCUCAUCUCUCUCUCUCCCUCUCCCUCUCUCUCUCUCUUCCAUUCCAAUAUUCCUUUAUAUAUUUUUUUGUUUAUAUUACUAUUAUGCACAACCACACAUCUCUCUCUCUCUCUAUACAUAGUCCUUGAAGGAUGUCUGUUCUUGUGAAGCUAUCUGAGUAAAGGUCUAAUUGUUAUUCAAUCUAGCCAUCUUUCAAAGAAGACAUAUAUUCAUGCCCAUUUUUGCACCCCAACAAUUAAAUUAAAUCACCCUUAAUUAAUAUUCUAGCUAUCUUGUUCUUGUUUGUUUAUUAUUGCUUGAGGGGUUCUUUUCUUUCCCUUACCAUACAUCAAUCUAGAGUACUAUAGAGGGAAUAAACAAACACCUUCCCCCACUUUAGUCCUUUCUCUGAAUUCUCUUCUUGCUGGUUUCAGUGUUUGAUGAGUUGAGUGGGUAUUUCUUUUUCCUUUCCUUUCACUACUAGUGUACUAGCUACCACUGCUAGAAAUCAUUUGUGGGAAUAUAAGCUGAAAAUGCCUCAGAAUCUAAUUCCUGAUCUUUCACUGCACAUUAGCCUCCCAAACAGUGCUCCAUCUUCAAUUUGCACAAAUGAAAGGGAUGAUGAUUCAGCCUUUGAUAUAUGGAGAUCUUCAGCUGAAGAAGAAGGUGAAUAUGGCUUCAAAUCUCACAGUGAUGGUUCAAUCAAAGGUAGCAGUAACAUAGAGCUGAGUCUAGGGAACCCCACAAGUACUACUCCCUCUGAAGCUGAGAGCCCCUGGAGGAGAAGUAGAAACUUUGUUAGAGCAACACAAGAGAGGCAAACAACAACAAAUCAUGGUGAGGUUUCAGAGGGUGUAAGAAGAGUUAUAACAACACCCUUCAAUGGAAUCCCUUUUUAUAAUAGUAACAAUUCCUCAACAGAGAGGGUUUCUUCUCUCUAUGCACCACUUCCAUUACCAUACCCUUCUUGUUCCCCCAAUAAUGAUGCUACUGUUGGGGGUGUAAGUGUAACUCCAAUCUCAAGGUUUAAUGGGAUAACCAUGGAGAAUCUAAGACCUAAUCAGCAAUUUCAGUACUUGAACCAUCAUCAUCAUCAUCAACAACAACUUCUUCAUAAUCAUCAUCAGAAUCAGCAGCAGUUUGGGACUAAUGGAGUGUCUGAUUUUGCAAAUGGAUUUAUGAGGUCAAGAAUGUUCAAUACUCCAAAGCUGCAAAGUAAGAGGAACAUGAGGGCUCCAAGAAUGCGUUGGACUAGCUCUCUUCACAAUCGCUUUGUUCAUGCUGUUGAGCUUCUUGGGGGCCAUGAAAGGGCUACUCCAAAGUCAGUUCUGGAGUUGAUGGAUGUUAAAGAUCUAACACUUGCUCAUGUCAAGAGCCACUUGCAGAUGUAUAGGACUGUUAAAAACACUGACAAGCCAGCAGCUUCCUCAGAUGGAGAUGAGGAUUUCAUAUCCCUAACACCACCACCCAUUAAUCAAAGCAAGAACAAUUAUUUACCAAAUCAAAGGGGUCCUCUAAAUGCACCUCAAAGUCAUGAUGAUAUGGCCCACACUUCAAGUAAUCUAUGGGCUAAUUCUUCUUCUUCCAGUAUAGGAGAACGAAUACAAGCGAUUUCCCGGGAUCUGGAUGAGCUUAGUCGAGAAGAAAGCCUGUCAUCUCAGCAUAUUGGAAAGCUUACCGAGGAAAGAAACUACAUACAAUCAAGAAGCUUCAAGGAUCAAAGUUUAGCCUGUCAGAACCCAAGCUUGGAGUUCACCUUAGGAAGACCAAAUUGGCACAUCAAUGAACAUGCUUGAUUUUAGUUAGUUUACAUAACCCAAGUAUGGCUUUACUAGCCAAAUAAGAAGGAAAAAGAGGAAAGACUAAUGCACUGAUAUAUAUAAAUAGGUAGUGCUUUUGUCAAGACGAAGAUGUCACUUUCCACAAAUCUAAAGCAACUCUUGUAUAUUCUUUUUGAGGCCAAAGCUUGCUAGCCAUUAUAUAAAUGUUAUAGUUAAAAGUAAAAGUUGAAAGAAAAGAAGGAAGCAGGUGUAUUAUAAGGCUUUUGUUCCGUCUUUUAUUUUCUUUCCUUUACCCUAGGUUCCUACUGAUUUGUCCAUAUAUAUCUUUCUCUUCCUAAUUCUUGAACCUUGAAUUGGGUGACCAUGACUGCGCUUGUAAGAGUUUAUUUGAGUCUAUCUUAUAGUAUAUGUGUUUAUAUAAAUGUUUGAAUUAUUAAUUUAUGUAAAUAAUUUAUGACA